AAAUUUUUAUUUCUCACUCGCAUCGUAUCCUUCGGCUCUCCUCGGUUCCUCUUCCUCCGGUCUUCUCUGACCUCUGACUCCGCGCCCACGCUGCCACUGCCAGCCAUCCAGCUCCACCUCCCCCGAUCUGGCCGCCCGGCGCUGCUCCCGCGCGCGGCCGAAACCCUAGAGCUCCCCACCUCGCCGCCCCCGCCGCCGGCGGCGCAUGGAUCCCGCAGCCUCGUCUGUGGUAGCCGCCGAGCUCUGGCGGCCGCCGCACCACCACCACCUCGCCCCCGCCGCCUCCGGCCCGCACCACGAGGCCUCCUCCGUCGUCACCACCGCCGACCGGAGCAACGGCGGACGCUCCGGCGGCGGGUCCAGCCGCAGGAGGCCGCGACGCGACGCGCCUGCAGCUGAGGAGGAGCCGUCCAAGCUCGCCUCCACCUCCGGCACCGCCGCCGCCAGCGGCGGCGGCGGCGGUGGCCGGGACUCGGCUGACCCAGAAAUGGCAAAACGUUUGAAGAAGAUGACAUCUAGUGAUGAUAAAAUAAGGACAGAAGUUGAAACAAAUUCAGGCAAUGCUAGCAAGUCUGUUGAUAAAAAACCUGCACCACCAGAGCCACCAAAACAAGACUACAUCCAUGUGAGGGCUAGAAGAGGUCAAGCAACGGACAGCCAUAGCCUUGCAGAAAGAGCACGACGAGAGAAGAUAAGUGAACGGAUGAAAGUUCUUCAAGAUCUUGUCCCUGGAUGCAAUAAGGUUAUUGGGAAAGCAUCAGUCCUUGAUGAGAUAAUAAAUUACAUCCAAUCUCUACAGCGUCAAGUGGAGUUUUUGUCCAUGAAGCUUGAAGCGGUUAAUGCCCAUGUGAACAGUGCAACUGGGUCUUUCCCAUCUAAAGAUUUUGAUGCUCCAGCUCCGCCUUAUAGUACGGCACCUGGUCUGACAUUCGAUCCACACACACCAAGGGAAUACCCUCAGGCCUUGACAUCAGACUGGCUUCACAUGCAGAUUGGCAAUACAUAUGAAAGAGUGACAUAAAUAAAACAAGGAGACCAACAAAACAAAAUUCCUCGUGGUCGCUAAUAAAUAGUACCGGGAUCAAUCAAGUCCACGGACCACGGUGCUAGGUUUAAUUCUUUUUUCCAGGUUAUCAUGUCGCCAAAGUUCUUUUAUUCCUAAUUUGGGGGCAUAGUGCCAUAGAUGCAUUCCACGUUUCUGUAGGAGCAAGCACUGUCUUUCAUUAUUUCCAUCAGCUUCUUUGUACGGACUUUGCAACAUGCAUGUAUGAUGUAUCCUGGGAAGUUUUUGUAGCUCAGAUUGGUACACGAAAAGAUGGAAAUUCUGUUGUAUGCCUAUGAUGUUGCACAGUUUGAGCCU